ACUGCCUAUCGUUUUUAUCUUUGGGAACUGAUCCUGGGACUUCGCAACGCCUCUGCGCUCAAAUAUUGGUCCUUCGAGCCGGAUUUACUGCUUCCCCAAAAGCUUCUCCAGCCUUCGAGCACGGCAUCGCCUUCACCAGGAAAUCACAAGAUAAAGAUGAAGCUGCUCCGUGAGCAAAAUGCUGUACUGAUGCAAAAACUUGAUGUAAUGGCGGAGGAGCUCGCAGAAGCCACCGCCCUUAUCAAAGUGAGCGUAAAGGUGGAGGAGGUCCCGGCUGCUAUGAGCUUACCAAUAAAGUCGGAGGAGGAGCUCGAUCGUUUUGGGGAGUCAUUGACUCAUCAAAUUCAAGAUUUCUACAUAAAUAAAGUUCGGAAGAUGCUUGGAAGCUGCCCACUAUCAAAAUGCCUUAAAAACAUAAUAGAUGAAGACACCAUUAAGUUAUACAACUUAGAUGGGACAUGCGGGAAAAAGCGGCUCAAAAAUAGAGCUGGGAUUUAUUCGAUUCUCAAAGAAGCAUUAGAGCAGAUAAAUUCAAUAGACUCGGCAGAUAGGUCAAUAAGAAAGGCGAUACAAAAUGUAAAAAACAACAUCACAAAGAAGAAGACCAGAAAUAAAUAA